AUGGAUCCUUUUGUGACGUUGCUAGCGCUGGUGCUAGUGCUUGUGACGGGUGUGUAUCUGUUUUUGCGCAAUCGUUAUAACUUCUGGACGAACAGAGGCUUUCCGACAGUGGCCAACCAACGGUUUCUGUACGGUCACGUGAAAGGAAUCAACACCGAGCGGCAUGCGUCAUAUGUGACAAGCGAGUUAUAUCAGCACCUUAAGAGUCGUGGGGAUGCGUUUGGUGGCAUCAACAUGUUCAUCGUGCCUGCCGUGAUUCUGGUCGACCCGGAGUUGAUUAAAACGAUCCUGGUGAAGGACUUCAACGUGUUUCACGACCGCGGGUUAUUUAGCAAUCCCGAAAUUGAUCCUCUUUCCGGAACGCUAUUCGCACUGCAGGGACGCGCGUGGCGAAUCCUGCGCCAGAAGCUAACGCCUACCUUCACGUCCGGCAAGAUGAAGCAGAUGUUUGAUACGAUUCUGAGUGUUGCGGAAGAGCUGCGCCAGUACGUGGACGAACAUGCGCCCGAGGGCCAGAUGGAAAUGAAGGACGUAUUGGCGCGCUUCACGACCGAUGUGAUCGGGACGUGUGCCUUUGGGAUCGAGUGCAACACGUUGAAGAACCCGGACUCGGAGUUCCUCAAGUACGGCAACAAGGUGUUCGAGCAGAAAGUGUCCACUAUGAUCAAAAUCGUAUUCAUUAUGAUGAUGCGUGGUUUCUUUAAAAACUUCACCCUGAAGAUAACCGAUGAAGAGGUGGAAACGUUUUUCCUUAAUCUCGUGCGCGAAACGGUCGACUUUCGGGAGCGCAACAACGUGAAGCGAAACGAUUUCAUGAACCUGCUGUUGCAGAUCAAAAACACUGGAAAACUGUGGGAACAGGAUGAGGAGCACAUUGGCAAGGGUGAGAUCGGUAUGACGUUAAACGAGCUGGCAGCCCAGGCGUUCAUUUUCUUCCUGGCCGGUUUCGAGACGUCCUCCACCACGAUGAACUUCUGCCUGUACGAGUUGGCACAGAAUUCGCGCAUUCAAGAGCGUCUCCGGGAGGAGAUCAACCUUGCGAUCGAGAACAAUGGCGGAAACCUGACGUACGACGUGGUGAUGGGAAUUGAGUAUUUGGAUCAAGUUGUCAAUGAAACACUUCGUAAGUAUCCACCACUGGAAACGGUCACACGAGCCCCCGAAAGCGAUUAUACCAUUCCCGGCACCCAGCACGUCAUUCCCAAGGGUACGAUGGUGCAGAUACCGAUCUAUGCGCUACACCACGAUCCGGAUUAUUUCCCCGAACCAGAACGCUUCAAUCCGGAUCGUUUCCGGCCAGAGGUUGUAAAGGAGCGUCCAGCGUACGUGUACAUGCCGUUUGGUGAGGGUCCAAGGAUUUGUAUCGGUCUGCGAUUUGGUAUGAUGCAGACUAAGGUGGGUCUGAUCACGCUGUUGCGUCAGUUCCGUUUUUCAUCAUCCGAAAAAACACCGGAGCGUAUAAAAUUCAUGCCAAAUGUGUUCGUUCUAACGCCCGACACUGGCAACUUCCUGUACGUGGAAAAGCUGUACCAGAUCUUUGUGAAAACUGCAGUAUUCGUUUGGAGCGCAGAGAGUGACAACGCUUUCGUGAUGGCUCUGCUUGAAGUGAUAGCUGCAAUUGUGGUGUUUGUCGUGUCGAUAGCUUAUCUGUUUCUACGCGAUAGACAUGCGUACUGGCAAAAGCGUGCAUUUCCAUGUAAACCCAACCCAGAGCUGCUGUAUGGGCAUAUGCACGGGAACGGACGUACUCGGCAUGCCGCGUACCUGACGCAGGAGAUCUAUCGCUAUGCUAAGGAGCGUGGAGAGCGAUUUAUCGGGUUCAGCUUCUUCUUCCUGCCCGUGGUGAUCGUGUGCGAUCUCGAGCUAGUAAAAGCGAUCCUGGUGAAGGAUUUCAACGUGUUUAACGGACGUGGCAUGUACAGCAAUCCACGAGAUGAUCCGCUCUCGGGAAAUUUGUUCUCGCUCGAGGGUCACGAGUGGCGCGUUCUUCGCCACAAACUUACGCCCACCUUCACGUCCGGCAAGAUGAAACAGAUGUUCGGAACAAUGCUGGACGUUGCGAAGGAGAUGCGAAAGUAUGUGGCCGAAAGCGACCAGCACGAGAUGGAAAUGAAGGACGUACUGGUGCGUUACACGACGGAUGUGAUUGGAUCGUGCGCGUUUGGGAUCGAAUGCAACACGUUCAAGAACCCGGACUCGGAGUUCCUGAAGUACGGUAGAAAAAGCAUCACGCAAAAGCUCUCUACAUCAGUAAAGAUGACUUUCGCGAUGAUGUACCGCGAGACGGCAAAGAAGCUGGGCAUCAAGCUGACAGAGGAAGACUUGGAGUCAUUUUUUCUUCAGCUCGUGCGCGAUACGGUCGACUACCGGGAGGCCAAUAAUGUGCAGCGAAACGACUUUAUGAACCUGCUGCUACAGAUCAAGAACCGUACCUCCCAAAACGAUGAAGGAGCUGUUGGCGAGGACAGCCACGAAGGAAUGACACUCAACGAGCUUGCGGCGCAGGUGUUUAUAUUUUUUGUAGCUGGCUUCGAAACGUCGUCGACGGUGAUGAACUUUUGCCUGUACGAGUUGGCCAAGAAUCAGGACGUUCAGGAUCGCCUCCGUGAGGAGAUCCGCCGUACACUCGAGACCGACGGCGGAGAACUGACGUAUGACGGUGUGAUGGGAAUGUCGUACCUGAGUCAGGUUGUCAAUGAAACAUUGCGUAAGUAUCCACCACUUGAAUCGACGAUACGCGUGACUUCGGAGGAUUACGUCAUUCCCGGUACAAUCCACGUGAUACCGCGUCGUACACCGGUGCUGGUUCCAGUUUACGCGAUCCAUCACGAUCCCGAAUACUAUCCCGAUCCGGAAUGCUUCGAUCCGGAGCGAUUCUCGGAAGCGGAUGGUGCCGUACGUCGCCCUGCUUGCGCUUUUUUACCGUUCGGCGAGGGUCCAAGGAUAUGCAUUGGGAUACGAUUUGGCCUGAUGCAGGUUAAGGUGGGGCUGGCCACUUUGCUAUCACAUUUCCGCUUUGGACCGACGAACAAAACACCGGAGUUUAUCGUUUUCGCACCGAAAUCGUUCAUUCUUUCACCCGUGGAGGGAAAUUUCUUGUGCGUUGAAAAAUUAUAAGCUUCGAGGAGAAACACUCAACAAGGAUGCAAAUGGUAUUUUCUUGCUUGAAAUAAGUUCGGUAAUGUGCGUUAAACCAUGGACAUUGCGUUUAAUGCUU